AUGCUGCGUAUUUCAAAGAGAAAUCGAGAACGAUUACAAGAAGUGAAAAAACUCGAUGCAUUCCCUAAAAUUGCCGAAGACUGCAAGGAAUCGAGUACCAGUGGUGGUACAGCAUCGGUGACAGCUUUCUUCCUCAUUACCAUCAUGGUUAUAAUGGAAUUGGUCGAUUAUUCCUUUUCUGGGGUAAAAUAUAAUUACAGCGUUGACAAAGAUAUUCAAAGUAAAAUGAUGCUACAUUUGGAUUUAACGAUUGCAAUGAAAUGCAGAGAUUUAGGUGCCGAUGUUUUAGAUUUAGCGUCUGCCACGGUCGACGAUAGUGAGCAGCUAAUAAAGGAAGAUGCCUAUUUCGUACUAACUAAAGAGCAAAAGAAGUGGUGGAAGAGUGCUAGUGAAUCACAUUCGCCGAAAGAUGCUUGCAGAAUUCAUGGAAAUAUACCUCUUAAUAAAGUAGCUGGUAAUUUUCAUGUCACGGCAGGAAUGUCAAUAAAUCAUCCAAUGGGUCACGCACAUGUAUCGGAUCUUGUACCAAGGGAAUCUGUUAAUUUCUCACAUCGAAUCGAUUUACUGGCUUUUGGAGUUGCCGCUCCUAAUGUCAUUAACCCUCUAGAUGGUGUGGAAUUUAUCACUAAAAUUACGGAUAAAAUGUAUCAGUAUUUCAUAAAAAUUGUCCCCACUAAAGUUAAAACUUUUUCCGUUGCCAUUGAUACCUAUCAGUAUUCCGUAACAGAACACUUCUCAAAAGUAGACCACAUGAAUGGCAAACACGGGGUGUCUGGUCUUUUCUUCAAGUAUGAUUUAUCUCCAAUUUCUGUUCAAGUUACUGAAGCACGAGUGCCAUUUGGUCAACUUUUGAUUAGACUAUGCGGGAUAGUGGGUGGCAUUUUUGCGACAUCUGGGAUGAUACACAUAUUUAGUUCUUUGAUUUAUGAAGCCGUUACGAGGCGGAAAAAGCUAACUGCUAACGAAGGUUGGUAA